UCACAACGCACGCAUUUCGCGGGUCGGCAUGCUGACAGAACCAGCAGGCUUCAAACGAAGCCCCCUUCUUCAGGAUCCCAGAGUUCGCUUCUUCGUGAUCACUAGCAAUGUGGGUGAAAAUGUGGUGAAGUCUGUGGAGAACAAUGUUUGGGCCACCCAGCGGAAAAACGAGCAGAUGCUGGCGGAUGCCUUCCGCACCAGCAGAGCUGUAAUUUUGAUUUUCUCCGUGAGCAAAAGUGGUGGUUUUCAAGGCUAUGCUCGCAUGCGGAGCCUCCCGGGUCAAUCCAAGAGCAGGACAGACCCCUUUGGCGGCUUCGGGCGCUUAUUCGAUGUUGAAUGGCUGCGACUGCAAGAUGUGGUCAUGCCAGAGGUAAGCUAUCUGCGCAACCCUUUGGACGAAGGGCGACAGGUCUCCGCUGCAAGAGAUGGUCAAGAAUUGUCAUAUGAGGUGGGUGUAGAGCUAUGCACCCAUUUCGACGUCAGAGUUUACUUAGAGGAUCCCAAGACAUACGAACCAUGCCUUGAUGAGCCGCUUCCCUUCUCAGCGAGCCCUCCACGUGACGCAUUUCCUGAUGGGCAGAUGGCCGCGCCAUUACCUGGCCCCCCUCCUGUUGGCCCACCGCCAUGGAUGGCUCCAUUUGGUGCAGGCCCCCAAUUGGGUUCGCCCUUCGAUCCAGCACCUGCGUGGUACGCAGCACCCGGUACGGCGCCGCCCACGGCGCCGACCGCUCUGCCAGUGCAAGCUGCCGGUCCACCAGGUGUUUGGGCAGGUGCCACUGAAGGACGACACAGGAGACGAAGAAGGAGCCGGAGCAGGAGCCCUGCCCACACUCCAGCAACCCCUGUGGCAGCGCCUGUUGUGGCGCCGGUAGCGCCAGUGGCAGCACCGGUGGCAGCACCGGUGGCAGCACCGGUGGCAACAUCAGCUGCACCAGAUGUGCCAGAAACUCCUGCGACUGGCAGGAGGGAACGAACUCGGCGAAGGAGUCGGCAGGACGCACCUGACUUUACCAAGAUGACAUACCAAGAGUAUGUGGAAUGGUGGAAAAAGACGCAUCCAAUGGUGCCGGUCAAUGGAGUUGUACCAACUCCAUUGACCGCAGCCCCAGUGCCUUCACCGGAAGGAGCAUCUCCUGUCGCCAAUGGCAGUGGCGCUGCACCAGCGAUUGGAGGAUCUGACUCGUUGCCGAAGAAGCGCAAGGAGAAGGACCCAAACCAUGCUGCGCAUGCUGCAGCAAGUGAAGCAGGUGGUGCCAAGAAGUCCAAAAAACAGAAGAAGGACAGGUCAGCACCGCUCGUGGGCUUUCUGGAAGAGGCUUCGCAGCAAGUUGUUGGACCUGCAGCAAACACUGCGCAGGCCGAAACACAGCCCGCGGUUGUAACAGCUGCCGGGGAGAAGCCAAAGAAGAAGGAGAAGGCGUCAAAAGCCAAGGCAACUGAGUCACGGCAACAGCUUGAGGAAGACUCGGACUCAACCGCGACCUUGGAGUCGGACAUCGAAAUCGUGGUAGUGAAGGCACCUCCAAGAUCCAUCCUGAAAAAGCGUUGAAGACUGACGGCUAUCAGGUCUGACUUUGCAGAAUGAACGGCCGAAAUGAGUGCAGGACCAAAGUGUCCUGAGUCAGACCACAGGCUGCGAUCUGCUUUG